UGUCCAUUAGUUCCAGCUGUUUCCCCUCCUGUGUGCUAUUUCCUGAUUACCUGAUGUGUGUAUUUAUACUGCGUCUCUGCUUGUGCUCCUCGUCGCGUCGUCUGUGUUUCUCUGUGAAUCUCUGUGUACUCCGCAUUAUCCCGUGUUUCUCCAUGUCUCUCUGCUCCUCGCUCCGUGUCUUCCUUUUUGUAUUAGUUUUCCCAGUUUAGGUUUAUGAUCGGUUCUGCUCCACACCUUGGUUUUGUGCACUGUAAAUAAAACCCACUUGCACCUUCGCCACUGUCUGCUAUUGGAUCCUCCUUUCUCACCUUCAUACGACUGUGGCCCCAGUCAUGACAGUACGACACGACCACAAGAUGGAUCCAGCGGACUCCCCUUUUGCCUCAGAGGGAAAGCACCUCGCACAGCUGUGGGAUUAUUGCCGGCGCAUAAUUCACGCCGUGGAUAACUACAAGAGGCUUCCAGAGCCCAGAGCAGGAAGAUUCAGCUGCCCUUCUGGAGGCACUCGCCGCUUGGUGUUCUCGGCGUCAGCAGCAUUUUUCACCAAGCAGGAGCGGCCGCAACAGAGGUCUUCCUCCUUUCCAUCAGACACCCCCGCUUCCUCUUCCACAAGGAAGCAACAAUCGCGCCGUUGGCGCGCCAUUCCGCCACCAGAGUUUGGGACUACAGCGCGCCCGGCUGUGGUGAGUGUAAAGGACACUGAUCGGGUUGCUUCUGACUUUGUGACUUCGUACUCAGGGGCUGAGUGUUUUGUGAUGGGGGACAGUUCUCCUUGUGAUUUCCCUACUUCACCUGCUCCACUUCUGUCAGUGCAACCUGUUCAGCCACCAAUUCAGUCAGCAACUCAGCUAUCCUCACCACUGGAGUCACUACAACCCAUAUUUCAGUCUAUGGCUCAGUCAGUAGUUCAGUUAAUGGCUCAGUCACAGUCUUCACUCACCCCUCUGCAAGAGGCUGUGCGUACACCGCCCAUUUUGAACUGUUUUCCGAGCGCUCACUCUAAGCAGAGAGACACACCUGUUCCUCAAACGCUAGCAAUGUUAGGGACUCGCUCCAGGGCUUCCCCAGAGGCUAGGUUACAACCUGCAGCUAACUCUGGACCCUUGGAGGCCAAGUUGCCAGCUAAGGACCGCACCCGGCUGUCACUGCCUGAGCAGGGUCAGUGCUCUGUGCAGCUGCAGUUCUCCUCAUGUGUGCCAGAGGCGCCCGUGCCUACUGGUUUUGGACCUGUUUUCGCUGGGGGGACCGAGGAGCCCGUCCAGCCCUCACUGUCAUCAGCAGCUUCAACUGAGGGGUCUCAGGAACCGCUUCAGCCUGCUGCUUUCGCUGGGGGGACCGAGGAGUCCGUCCAGCUACCAACACCGCCUGCAGCAGCGGCUCCAUCACCGCCUGCAGCAGCAGCUGCAGGAGCGGCUCCAUCACCGCCUGCAGCGGCCCCAUCACCGCCUGCAGCAGCGGCUGCAGCGGCGGCUCCAUCACCGCCUGCAGCGGCGGCUCCAUCACCGCCUGCAGCGGCGGCCCCAUGA